AUGGAUAGAAGGUCUGCUAGAAUAAAAGCAGAGUUAGAAAGAUAUGGUUGGAGAGUUUCGAAGAAGUUUAAAUAUAGGAAGGGAAGACCCAUAAAAGUCUAUGACAAAUUGUCUGGUCUUCGCUACGAAAUGGACUUGGAAACAGCACGCGCAAAUUAUCCAAACAGAUUAGAGAGGUUAGAAGAAGAACGUCUUAUGGACAUGCCUUUCGAUGUUACUGAGCCACAGGUUGAAGGACACGACGGCUUUGCCAGAUUCUACUGGAAACAUGACGAACAAUUGCAUCCUUUGAGAAGGAAAAAAGGAAAGGGUGAAGACGCACAUGCUCCCAUGGAAAGAACAAGAUAUGCAUAUGAAAAGUAUCGCGAGGUUAGAAGUAAAAUUACAUCUGGUCGAACCUUUACAGUUAACUUUGACGAAGGAAAGAACAAAGAAGGCUUCAUGGGAGUACUUGCUGCCAUACAAGACGGAAAUAAGAAAGGAUACAAUCUCAGACUAACCGUAACAGAUUUAGAUGGUCACAUUUACUAUGCGCAUGGCAAUGAACAAACAGCCGCACAACUUCUUGACGCUUUCAAGACUACAAAGAGAGAACAAAUGUUUGACUCCGACUCAGAUAUUUUGAAUGCAAUUGAAGGAAUUGCAAGCGUGAAGUUCGAAUGGUACCAACCUAACCCUCAAGCAGUCAGACAACAUGCUGGAUACUUCCCGUUCAGAAAUAAGUCUGACAUUGACUUAACAAGGUAUGGAAUUUACAAUUCAAUUGAAAAAAUUGUCAAUGAACCUUGUAUUCUUACAUGUCUCAGGAACUCUGGUCUUGUUACAGAUGAGAAGAUGAAGUAUCUUGAGUCAUGUGUGAAAACAAGGUACAUUCUCAGAAGUCAAUUGACAAAAAUUGCACCGUUGGCAAAUGUCAAUAUCCGAGUUAACAUUCCGACUGAGAAAGGUUCUUCACAUGACGACUAUGUUGUUGACUUCAAAUUGCCAUGGUUGAAGAUUGUACUUGUCCACAACCACUUCAUGUUGAACGAAAGUCUUACAAACCCAUUGUUCGGAAAAGGCAAGUGCAACAUUGUCAGAGCUGUUAACAUUCUUUUCGAGAAAGGUUUGUUGGAACCAAUUCCAGAUGACAAGCUGACAGAAACUUUUGUACCAAAAGACGAAACAAAUUUUUCAUUGUUAGUGAGACCAAAAGUUGUUCCAGACAAA